GGAACACUCGACCAAAAAACAAAAUUUCGUCAAAAACAGUUUCAAACAUUUGGUUUUGUCCCCCGCCAAUAGUGUUUUCUUUCGAGUGCUGUGUUGAACAAAUCGGAUUGUGUUGUACAACUUCUUCGCGCGCGCUCAAUUUGAAUUGAAAAAAUUUCUCAAUUGUGAUUCGUUUUUGGGAAUUCAUUUCAUUAAAAUUUUUGUUACUCCGAGUGUGGCGAGUGUUGGUGAUCGCCAUGGCGCCACAGAAGAUCGUCAACGCAACAGAUCCGAACCAGGGACGAGCAGGUGCUCGGGAUUGCGAUUCGGCUCGUUGCGGGAUGGACGCCGGCUGUCGUCAGGUGCCCGACGGCUCAUGGAUUUGCAUCUGCACUCACGACUUGUCACUUCAAAGGCCCGACGGAUUUUGCCCGCGCGUUGUCGUUACUGGACCUCAUCAUCCGAGCGCAAACAAAAAGACUUUCAUUAGCAUCCGCAAACCAGCGUCAGCGGCCGGAGUCAACCAGACGGCCCAGCAGAGCAAACAGCAGUCACUCAUCGAUCCAUCCAGUCAUCCCAAUUCGAUUCCCACCUUGCCAGGGUCUCUUCCGGCUCUGGACGGACAGCUGAACGCUUCGGCGACGGCGGCCAUCACUUGGCUGGUCCCGGCGCUGGGAAUCGUCACGAUCCUGUCGAUCCUGUUUUUGCUGAGGCGUCGGAUGCGCAACAAAAAGAAAUCGCGACGGGCCGCCAGCUCGUCCGGCGUCGUAGAAAGUCGACACCAUCACCACCAUCAUCAUUAUCCAUCGCCUGGCAAAUUGACGGGCAAUUCGCUACUGCCGGCCGCCGGGGAAAUGCCCGUCUGUCUGACCAAGAACGUGUUGCACCAGGAGCGAUUCACCAACAAUCCGGAAUACGACUGGAACGCGGAUAGAGGAUCGACGGGCAGCGGAGGCGAUACGAGCCAGCUCCUGCAGGCCAGCGGCAGUAGCGGCGCAGGCGACCAGUUCAAACCAUUUGUCAUCAUCCGGCCAGAAUGGAUCGAAUUGAAACAGGAAAUUGGAGAGGGCUGCUUUGGCAAAGUCUUUCGUGGAUCGCUGCGACGGCCAUCAUCGGCGCCCAACGCACAACCAGACGACGAACAAGAAGAAGAAGAAGAUGAAGAACAAGAAAUUCACUUUGAUGAUGAAGCGGUGGCUGUCAAAGUUUUAAAAGCCGCAGCUGGACCAGCUGCCCAGGAGGAUUUGCUCCAGGAAGCUGAAAUUAUGGUUUCCUUCUCUCAUCCAAACAUCCUCUCGCUCAAAGGCAUCGUCAUCAACGAGCCCAAUAUUGGACCAUGGCUCGUGUUCGAGUACAUGGCGCUGGGGGACUUGGCCCAGCUUUUACGGUCCGCCAAUGGCAAUCUAUUUGCCAAAACCAAAACUGCGCAUUGUUUGAAUCAGGAGGAUCUGCACUCGAUCGCGGCGCAAAUCGCAGACGGGAUGGCCUAUCUCUCGUCGCAGCAUUUCGUCCAUCGCGACUUGGCGUGCCGCAAUUGUUUGGUGGGUGAACGACCCCGAGGCGGCGGUCUGGCCGUCAAAAUCUCCGAUUUCGGAAUGAGCCGUGACGUCUACACUUGCGAUUACUACAAGAUUGGAGGUUCUCGGAUGCUGCCGGUGCGAUGGAUGGCUCCCGAAUCGAUCCUCUACGGUAAAUUCACGCUAGAAUCGGAUGUCUGGAGUUUCGGUGUCGUCCUGUGGGAGGUCUUUGCCCUGGGGGUGCAGCCCUAUUACGGCCAUUCAAACGAACAGGUCGUUAAACUGAUCCUACAAGGGAUCCUCCUGACUCCUCCUUCUUCAGCCCCGCCCCUCAUUUGCCAGUUGCUAAACGGUUGCUGGAAAACACAGCCGGGGGAUCGGCUAACGUUCGCCGAAAUCCAUUCCAAGUUAAAGCGUCGCCCACACUCAAACGACCAUCAGGGAACAUGGACGACGCAAUCGACAACGGUGACCUACGUCCAUUUGAGACACAACGAGGACAACAACGUCGAUUCCAACGCCGAAUACCUUCAAACGCUACCGGACCUGCCCGUCCACCACUACUCCAACACAUGAAAAUAAAAAAGAGAUCCUUUUUUUUCCUGCUUAUUUUUCAAAAAUCCAAAAGAAAACUUACAAAUAAGAAACCCAGUCAUUUUCUCUUGAAAUUUUUUUAAAGACAAAAAAAGAAGUUAAAGAAAAAACUUAAUUUAAAGAAAAAUUGUCUCAAUGUUGUUCAUACGUAUUUUACCUGAUUUGUGUGUUUGUGUUUUAAUUUUUG